CUUGCUAACCCUACCUCUCCCCCUCCAUAUAAGCCAUCCAUACAUCCGGUUCCCUGUUACCAUCUCCUUCCCCUUGUUUUUCUUGCUUGUCGCUACACUUCCGUUACUUUGAGGAGCUGAGCUAAUCAGGCAAAGGAUAUUUCCAAGAUCUUAGGUUUGGCGAGGAAGAAUGCAUCCCAGCGGCGGGCCUCUGUCGGUUCCACCAGGCUUCCGCUUCCAUCCGACCGACGAGGAGCUCCUCUACUACUACCUGAGGAAGAAGGUUGCUUAUGAGCCCAUAGAUCUUGAUGUCAUAAGGGAGAUUGAUCUCAAUAAGCUUGAGCCCUGGGAUCUCAAAGAUAGGUGCAGAAUAGGCACGGGGCCUCAGAAUGAGUGGUAUUUCUUUAGCCACAAGGACAAGAAGUACCCAACAGGGACAAGGACGAACCGUGCCACGACGGCGGGGUUCUGGAAAGCGACGGGGCGGGACAAGGCCAUCUUCCUCGACAACGCCCGGAGGAUUGGCUUGAGGAAGACCCUAGUAUUCUACGUCGGGAGGGCUCCCCACGGCAAGAAGACUGACUGGAUCAUGCACGAGUACCGCCUGGACGAAGAUAACGUUGAGAUCCAAGAGGAUGGAUGGGUGGUGUGUAGGGUUUUCAAGAAGAAGAACUACCAGCGUGGCCUCAAGCUGUCAGAGAUGGCAGAGGUGGACGACGACGAGCUUACCCCCUUCCCGGUUCCAGUUCCGGUACCUAGUACCAUGCCAACUGACCAUAAGCACAACCCCCACCUCAUGCACUACGAUUUCCCUUCCUUCGACCCCUCCAUGCAGCUCCCACAGCUCAUGAGGGCCGACCAGCCCGUCCCAGCCCUCCUCCGCAGCCAGCCCGGCGUAGCCAUGGCCAUGAGCUCACUCGACAUGGAGUGCUCGCAGAACCUGAUGAAGCUCACAUCGAACGGCAGCAACGGGAUGCUCCAUGGCGGUGGAGGUGGCACUGACCGCUUUGCUGGCUCGACGGAUUGGUCGAUCCUGGACAAGCUCCUCACGUCACACCAGAACCUGGAUCAGUUCUUCCAGGGCAAGGUCACCGCAGCAUCUGCCACCCCGAUGGCGCCAUACCAUCAGCAGCUCAUGGAACUCGGCGGCACGUCGUCCUUGCAGAGGCUCCCGCUGCAGUACCUCGGAGGCGAAGCAGCCAACCUCCUAAGGCUCCCCAAGUAGAUGGAACUCAAGUUUAGCUGCCAUCUUGAGCAGUGAGCAGCUCAGGUUUUUGGUUAAAUAGACUGUUUAAGUCGGUCUACCAUGGCAUGGAUUUUAAUGCUUCUAAAUGUAUAUACAGUGCAU